UAAUAUUUAACAUCGCGGAAAGAAUUUACCCCCCCUUCCCCCUACACACAGGUGUAUAAAACCAUUUUCACCGCGUGGACGACUAUGAGUCAAGACCAAAGAUUUGUUUCGUUGACUUGUCAGUGAUUACAAUCAGUUUCGGAUAUUGUGUGGAUUGUUUCGUGGAUGAUAUCUCUAAAAUCUAACUCCAUGUACAUCGAAACUAGCUGACAAUGUCCGGAAAGUUCUCAGCAGCCCUGCUCUUCGCCGUCUUGGUAGUGAGCCUCGGCAUCACCAACUGCAGUCCUGCUAUCGCGUCCGGUUUCGACCCUCUGGAAGUGUGCAUAGAAAACUGCGCGCAAUGCAAGAAGAUGCUGGGUGACUGGUUCCAGGGCCCGCUCUGUGCGGAGACGUGCAUCAAGCUUAGAGGCAAAGUCAUCCCUGAGUGCGAGAACUUCGCUUCCAUAUCGCCUUUUAUUGUCAACAAAUUUUAACGUGAUUGGAAUCAUUUUGUGGAGUGCACGAUAUAAGACGGAUAAUUUUGGACACUGAAGAAUGGGCUGUUGAGUGUAGAUUUCCAAU